CACACUUUUCAUCUCCCCUUCAUACUCCCCACCAAUCCUCGGCCAAAUUACCGCACACGACCCUUGCUGCUCUUGUACCAGUGCCAUCACCGCCAUUUCCGUUGCUGUAUCUACCACCCAUACGUCUCACCUCCAACCAUCCAUCCGAUAUCCCUGCCACCAACCUAGGCACACACCACCUUACACUCCAUGCUCAGGCAGUCCGAUUCGGGGUGCAAGCCGCCCUCAGCAGCGACGUUUUCCUUCACCGCACCCUUCCCCGCAUCCGCAUCUUCCUCCGCUCACCACCACGCGCCACCAAAGCAACGACGCGUCUCGCUCGCCCUUCCCUCGUCGGAGACACCGCGCAUCAUCUCGGGAUGGAACUUCCGAGACGACACCACCAUCGCUGCCCACUCGGGCUCCGCGGUCGCAGAUGAUGAGCCCCUCUCAGAACGCCGUGGCAAGAUGCGCCGUAUCUCCACGGCACAUGACGCAGCUCUCGCUGGCAUGAGUGACAGCCACGACGGAUUCAUCAUUUCACAGAAGCGGCAGCGCAAGAAGUGGUCGGAGGAGGAGACAGAGAUGCUCGUCAAGGGCUGCAACAUCUGGGGCGUCGGCAAUUGGAAGGCGAUCCUCAAAGACCCAAGUCUAAAGUUUGACAAUCGCUCCCCUGUGGAUCUCAAGGACAGAUUCCGCACCUACUUUCCUGACGCAUACAAGGAGCACUACCCCAACGCAAAGACCCACCUCUCAUCUAAAGUCCGCUCCACCCACCCAGACGGUCGUCCCCUUUUCGAGAAAACGCGUUCCAAGAAGCGACGACCGUUCACGGAGGAAGAGGACCGUGCUCUGAAAGCGGGCUACGAGAAGCACGGGACCGUCUGGGCUGCGAUUGUCAAAGACCCCAUCUUCCAGUCACAGAACCGUCGAUCCACCGACCUCCGUGAUCGAUUCCGCAAUGCAUUUCCUGAGCUCUACCAGGCGGCAGGAUACAAGCCACGAGGCGCGCCAAAGAAGCGAGACACGGGGCGCGUGAUGCCCAUUCGAGCUGCUACUGACGAUCAACUCGGUCGAGGGGUCGGUCCCACAAGAAAGCGGAAGACUCGGCAGUUGGGAAGAGGGGGUACAAAGAGCGUGCCGGAGAGCGCGACGGGGUCUGAGGAUGAGGGGGAGAGCUCGGACGAGGAUGGGCUGUUUCGGUGCCCGAGCAUCGUACACAUGAGCACCAUGGCCAGCAAGCCCGCAACUUUCAGUGAAGCACGCAUAUCGACGCCCACCACCACAUCCACCUCCGCAUCCGCAUCAUCAGCUUCUGCAUCAGCACCAACUUCUGCGACUGAGCCGUCCUCCGCGUCGGACAUGUUUCCUGACAUGGAAUACGAGGCGAUCGAUCCCUUGUGCGAGCCGCUCUCGCUUCCUGAUAUGCUCCCGGGCGGGUCACAGAGCCUCUCCGAGCUGACGGACACCAGCACGAGCCAGGCAUGGUCGAGCAGCAUUGACACGCCCCUAAACACGUCUGCCUGGUCCGGCCCCAGCGCCGCAUCCCCAACGACGUCGCACAUCUCGUCCGACUACAACAUCCUACACCCCCAUCUCCAUCACACGCAAACUCAGGGGCAACGCGAAGGCACUGGCAAUAUCGGCAAGUCCGCGUGGGGCGCGCAUGACUGGUUUUCGCCGAACCCAAGGCUUGGGCAGGACUCGUCCACCUCCGGUGAGAGUGCGUACGCAGACCAGCUCUCUCUCUCGCCCACCCCUUCGUCGCCUUUUGCCCUCAGCGGCCUCGGCGACUUCGGUCUCGGCGGCCUUGCGAGCCACCCGCUCGGACUCGGACACGCGUUCGGUUUAGGGCUUGGUCUGGGGCCUGGAGGUGCAUACGAGCACGCACACGGGCACGGCGUCGUCGAGCGCUACGAUCUAUUGCCGUCUGCCAGAGCGGCGGCGGCGGCGGCAGAGAGGAACGGGCUCGGCGGUGCGCACCACCACCACUCGUACCCCUACAGCAGCCACGGGUACGGGUAUGGCUCCGGCUUCGGGUUCGAGAGCAGCGAGGGCGGCGCGCCCGACAGCAGCGAGGCGUUCUCCGACCCGGGGAUGCGCCCACCGCACUCGCCCGGCUCCGCGUCGGCGUCGGCGUCUGGCGUGUCGGGCUUCGAUUUCGACGGCGAGAGCAGCGGCAUGGUCGGCGGGACGCACGGGGGCGGGAUGGGCGGUGGUAUGCGCGGGUUCACGCACCACUCGAGCUACGCGGGCGAUCUUAUCUUUGGUGCGCGGACGCAUCAGCCACUCGCGUCGCUUGGCGCGCUCGGGCAGCUGAGUAUGAGCGUGGGCGUCGGUGCGGUGGGCGGGCUGGGUACGGACCAGGCGGCGGCGCUGUAUGGCCCUGGGUUCGGGUUUGGUACGCCCGGGGCUGCUGCCGCUGCCGCUGGGAUGGUGGAUGGGAUGGGGCUGGGUCUUGAGGGGAUGGAGGGGCUCGAGGGGAUGGAGGGCCUUGAGGGGAUGGAAGGUAUCGAUGGCAUGGAGGGCAUGGAGGGUGUUGGCGUGCAUCGCUCGCAUAGGACUGGGAGGACGCCUGGUUUGCCAGGUAUCGACGAGAUCGAGCUGUCGAGCAUCACGCUUAGCGACGCGGACGGCUCUGCGGCCGAGCCAUCUUCUACCACUGCCUCCGCCAACAACACAUCCAGCGGCUCGAAUUGCUCAGUCCCGUCUGGUAUCAGGAACGUGCCCCGGAGCAGGAGCAAGACCACAGCCGAGGCUGGGGUGCAGAAGGACGUGACGACGGACCCGGAGAUGGCUAUGCGCUUGGCGGGACUGGAGCUGUUCAAUCUUCCUCCUAGCGAGCUCGAGGAUAUGGUUAACGACGCCACGUCUGUCCCUGCCUCUGCUGCUUCCCUUUCCGGAACCAAUGGCUCUACGACCUCUGCCUCUGUUUCCGCUGCUGUUGGUACUGAUGAAUCGGAUGCAGCCGACGACAAUGACAUGGAUAUGGGGCACGACCAUGAAACUCCUCCCGCCACGCCUCUUAUCACCACCGGCCGGAGCGGCGGACAUGGACGACACUUCCGCGCUGCGUCGACAGCGCACCUUCCUUCCCAUGGGCUCUCGCAUGCCCAACGUCACAGCCAGUUCCCGCAUGGGACUGACGGUCACCAUCACGGGCAGAGCGGUAGCGGGCAGCACGUCCGCUCUGUGUCGGUCCCACCGAGCGAGCACCGCAUUCCCAUCCGCACACCCGUGAUGCAGCCACAGGUUGCGAGCUCGCGCUCGUUGCCCUUCUUUGAGGCCCUGCCGCCUCCUCAUCCUGCCGUUGCCCAGCCGCACCAACAGCAGCCUCAUGGACUCCCCGCCCAGCCCCUGCGCUCACUCUCACAUGACGCCCACCCCGUUUCCCCGCCGACAUUUUCUACCUCGCCCGCUGGCGCGCACAACAGCUCCACGCAGCAGCAACAACAACAAGAUGAGCUCCAGUACCCUGAGCCGCCUACGCACACACCCGGCAACGGCACGCUCUGGCGUCUCCCCGCAGGCUCGAGCGAGCAAUACGGCAUCCCCUUCCUCGACCUGCACUACUUUGCCGCCGCGUCUGCCACCGACGGCACCGCCAUCGGUCCGGGCACCGGUUUCGGCGAGACCGGGCCGGGCGGAGAAGACGCGUCGCGGCAGGGCCAGGCGCUCGACCUCGCGGGCGCUGGGACGUCGUUCAAGCCGAGCUCGGCGGCUUAUCAGCACCUUGCGUUCCUGCAUGCUCAGCACCAACAUCUGCACCAGCAGAGCCAGCAGCACCAGCAACCGAAUCCGUGGGCAGGGCUCGCGCUCUCGCCCGCGGCGCUGCAUACGCCCGAGGCGCUGCUUGCGAUGCGCGGUGGGCACGCACAGCAGGCGCAUGGCCAGGGCCAGAGUCAGAGCCGGGAGAGCGGACAUGGCGCCAGCGGGGCGGGGGCGGGGCGGCACCACCAUAAGGGCCAGAGUUUUGUCGCGCCUGCGGAUUUGCUGAUCCGCAAAGUGGGCGACAACAAGCGGAAGCGCGCGAGCUGGGACGGGGGUGCGUUCUGAGUGUCUUGUCGGCACGUUUCGUGAUCUGGAUUUCCCUUCUUCUUUCACCAUUGCUAUGAUUUUCUCGAUUCUUUCAUCAUGCCGCUGCUGCGCUGCUGCUUCGUGUGUGCUAGCUACACACCUUUCGCCCCGCCUGCUUAUGUUUUUCGUCCAAUUUGGCUCCCACUCAUUCAUCAUCGCAUCAACAUUACACAUACUAGUCGUCAGGCAUACGUUCUCAUGUUUUAUCUUUUGAUGUCUUUCUUGUCUCGUAUUGCUUUGGGCUUGGUCUUUUUUCUCUCCUCUCGCUUUAUCAUCUGCCUUUUUGUCUCUGUCACCACACAUACACGCAUACCACAGGUGCAUAUAACACGGAUCCAACAUGCACGCAUCAUAGUCUUACGUCAC